AUGAUGCAGCAGCGGGGACUGUCUCCUUUCUCAACAGCAGCAGCAGCACGAGGAGCAGCAGCAACAGCAGACGAGAUCAAUAGAAACAGCAGCAGCAGCAGCAGCAGCAGCAGCAGCAGCAGCAGCAGCAGCAGCAGCAGCAGCAGCAGUGCUGCUGCAGGGAGAGGCUCCUGCAGCUCCAGAGGCGGCAGGCCCUCCCUUACCCGCAACGCAUUCACCUGCAGCAAACAGCAGCAGCAGCAGCAGCAGCAGCAGCAGCAGCAGCAUGAGGAGCAGCAGCAACAGCAGACGAGAUCAAUAGAAACAGCACCAGCAGAAGCAGCAGCAGCAGCAGCAUAG